AUGAACGCCCGUUUUAAGAACCUAGUGGGUUCGAAGAGAAAGAGUUCACACAACCCCUCGCCCCAGCCUGCUGCCAAUUCAAACACACCAACUGGUCACCAACGGCCCACGUCGCUGUCGCCCCAGGCCUCAAACUCGAGCUCCUCGUCGCUCCCCAUGAACAACCAACAGAAUCCCCUGGGUCGCCCGCCCUCGUACACGUACGCUCCGCCGGGUACGCUGGGUGCGCCGCCGCAACAACACGGCCGCCCUGCCAGUCCGCUACCGCCCAUUAACACGGCUGCGCCAGGCUAUCCCGCCCAGCAACCGCCCAUGGGGUACCCGCCUCAGCCUGGUCCGCCUGGCUAUCCUCCCCAGGGCCCUCCAGGCGCGGGCGGCUACGGCGGGGGUUAUGGGGCUCCGCCGCCGGGCGCUCCUGCUCAUGGGCCGCCUGCGGCUUACAACCGGCCCUCGAACAUGGCAGAGGUAGCGGGAGAGGGUCGCUCAAAGGCCCAGCUCAUCGUCGGCAUCGACUUUAUCCCCACGGUGCUCUACUACGACCAGUACCAAAAGGUUGUAGGAUGGGGACCUGACAUUGCUGAUGCCCUGGCUCCGACCGGCUACCCCAAGCCGGGUGUGCAAAAGGUCGAGUGGUUUAAGUUGCAACUGAUGCUGUCCGGAAACACAUACAUAGACCCCAUCAACCUCCCACCGCUACCUCCGGGCAAGUCUGAGAUCGAUGUGGCCGCCGACUACCUCUUCCACCUGCGGCAGGCGAUGCGCAACCAGCUGCAAAAGACGCUGGGUGAGGUCUUCAACCGCGAGGAGCGCAACAUCAGAUACUACCUGACAGUACCCGCCAUCUGGAACGAUGCUGGCAAGGCUGCAACACGUGCCGCUGCCAUCCAAGCUGGAUUCCUCCGCGACGAAAACGACAACAGGCUGACACUCAUUACCGAGCCCGAGGCUGCCGCCAUGUUUUGUUCAAAGACUGGUCUUCUGAACCUCAAGAUACACGACGCCGUGCUCAUCGUCGACUGCGGUGGUGGUACCGUCGAUCUAAUCGCCUACGAAGUCGAAGAGGAACAGCCCUUUUCCGUCGCAGAGUGCACAGCAGGAUCCGGUGACUCAUGCGGAUCUACCGCGCUCAACCGCAACUUUAGCAACAUUCUCCGAGCCAAGAUCAGAAAGAUGAAACUUCCUGACGGCUCAAAGACGGCCGGCAAGGUCUACGCAAAGUGCAUCAUGGACUUUGAGAACCGGAUAAAGGCCGACUUCCGUAACAACGGGCAAAAGUGGGCUGUCGACGUUGGCAUCGAGGCUGAGUUUCCCGAGGCGGGAAUCGAAGAAGGCUACAUGACAUUUACCAACGAGGAGAUUCUACAGUGUUUCGAGCCCGUGGUGAACCGCAUCUUGGAGCUAGUCAGGAAUCAAAUCAUAGCCAUUCAAGCACAAAACAGGGCAUUACAGAACGUCCUAGUCGUCGGCGGAUUCGGCGCCUCAGAAUACCUCUUCCAACAAAUCAAACUCCACGUGCCCCCACAAUUCCAAUCCAAAGUCGUCCGACCCAUGGACUCAGUCGCGGCCAUUGUCAAAGGCGCAGUCACAGCAGGCAUCACGGAGCGCAUCGUCACGCACCGUGUGGCACGCAGACAUUACCUCAUGGCCACACUGCAGCCCUUUAAAGAGGGCCACCACCCAGAACAAUACCGCGUCCCCUCGCUCGACGGCAAAGACCGCUGCAAAUACACACGCCAGAUAUUUGUGCAAAAGGGCCAGCGCGUCAAGAUUGGCGAACCGGUUAAAGUAUCAUUUUUUAGACAGGUUGCCCCCGGUGCUACGCUCAUGUAUGAGGAUAUUCUUUAUGCGUGUGAUGAUGAUGUUUGUCCCGAGUAUACGAAGGAUCCUCGUAUCAAGGAAGUCGUAACACUAACAUCGGACCUGUCGCGCAAAAAUCUCGAAAAGGACUUUGAACGCAUGGAUACGCCGCAGGGCACGUUUUAUCGUGUUUACUUUGACAUCUAUCUCACGCUUGAUGGGUCAGAGUUUAAUGCUGAGUUGGUGUGUCAGGGUGAGGUUAUGGGUCGUUGUACGGCGAGAUUUAGGUAGAAGUGCGUGACACGACACGACGGCUUGGAGAGAAGUGUUGUAUGUGGGUCUGUCCAAGGGCUUUUGGACCAACAUGACUGUUCUUGUCGUGGUUGCUACACGAUGAUAUCCUUUUUUACUGAGGGGAGGGAGGGCAUAAUGGGGUUGGGUUUGCUUUCUAACGAUUUUUUUUCGCACGUGGAAAAAAGUUUCUAGGUAGGGGAGGGGCCUGAGGCUUAGAGCUCAAAGCUUAG